UUUUUAAUCACUGCUCCAGAUGAAUGAGAAUGUAUUGAAGUCAUACAAGGCGAGACGCGGAGCAGAGAUGUAGUUGCUGUGGGCAUAGCACGACCUUUCUCAACACAAGAUGAGUGCCGGUUGUAAUCGCCCGAAGGGCGAUGGACGCUCUCCCUCAAGCGAGAAGUGUGGCGUCCAGAUUUUGAUUGAAGUCACGGACGUGGCAAAGUCGUUGUACUACACACGGGAAAGCGGGGAGUACAUUAUGGAGCGGUGGAACAAGGACCGGGAAGAAAUCAAUGGGGCCUUGAAAAAGCUCUUGAAGCACGACGAAGACGCUUUGCGAGGUGUCGAAAAGUAUGUCAUGGACUCAAGGAAUCCGGAGUUCUUGUGGGUACAUUUUUACAGGGAGGCCGACCGCAAUAUGCUGCUGCACCUGUAUGAUAGUGGGUGCCUCGCUCUUCUUAAUCAUGGGCUUGCAACCGCUCAUGUUUAUAAACUUGACCAGGGACGAGACGUACGAUUGCGGAUUGUAAACUUACUAGUGGCAAAGCAGACCUCGGCCUUUCAUGCAAUGCAACGACUUUUUGAUGAAGUAAAGGAGAGGCAGAGUCAGUACGAGCAAAGACCAUCACCACGGGCAGGAGCACUCCUUACAGACGCGAAAAAACAUGCGGCAGUACUGGAGAAGGCUAUCGGCACGGCAAAGUCAGAGUUACCAGAUCGGAAAUCGAAGGAAGAUGAUCUGCUGCUGAGUGUGGCUUGGGAUAAAGUUGCGGCGAUAGAAGCGUGGUACACACUGAAGAUGGCCAAGUUCCAGAAGUUGGAGGAGGCAGUGUCCACCAUCCAUGGUACCAGCAUAGAUUAUAACGGAGAAUUUCGACAUGACAUCUUUUCUGACUGUAGAGUUGAAGUUUUGCAUAUGCUGUAUGUCGCACUGCGUCGAUCCUCUUGUUGCGGGCAACAUAUAUUGUUGAUGUUCAACUCGAAAAUGACAGCUCAACUCCCGAAACAAGGCGGAUCGGCAAGCGCGGCGGUAAAAAGUCCGGACUCCGAGCAAUUGAAGAUAGAAAUUGAUGACGGGCUCACUCAUAAGGAACGCGCUAUGGGAGUUUACGUCCGCUUUCCUGAAGCGUACGGAGACUCUUCAGAUGUCACGAAGCGCGUGCACUAUCGGGAUAGAAAGCUGAUCGAAGAGGUUUUGGAAAGACGUUUUGGUAAGGUGAAUCUCGUAGAGUCGGUCGUCGAGGGGUUUAAAAAGCAUUUCGAUUUGGUGAUUUUGUUUGAAAACCAAGCCACGGCACUCAAGGCGGCAAAGAGCAAAGAUGCCGUUCAUCUUGCUGACGCCCGUUCCGAUCAGACCGUGAAGAUUGAAUACUACCUCGAUACGUGGCAGAAAACUGGAGCGGAUGAGACCGCAAAAUUAGCUCAAGGGAACCCUCCGCUGCUAACGGACCGCGUGGGCCUUCCGUAG